AUGGGCAGCACACACCAAAGUCUCCAGAAUUCGAGGACGCCGAGCUCUUCACUCUUGAAAAAGCCACCUGGAGCGGAAGCCACGCCCGAGAGAGAGACCAAGACGCUCGCAAUGGAGAAGAUGGACGCCACUACCGCCGCCGCCGCCAGUCUGCCCCAGCUGCGCCCGCACAAGACGCGCGAGCUGCUCAUGGCCGCGCCCAAGGUGGCCCGCGUGCAGCAGCAGCAGAGCGUGUUCCAGAGCAUGUGGAUCGGCGCCACCGCCGGCAUGGGCGGCAUCAUCGCCGUGUACCCCGUGGACGUGGUCAAGACGCGCAUGCAGAACAGCCGCGUGGCCUCCAGCGCCGUGCAGACGCUCACCACCAUCUUCCGCAACGAGGGCGUGGGCUCCUUCUACAAGGGCCUGGGCCCGCAGCUCUGCGGCACCAUCCCGGACAAGGCCGUGUCGCUCGCCACGCGCGAGUUCGUCAAGAGCUUCUUCGACAAGCCCAACGAGUUCAAGGCCUCGCUCACGUCGGCCGCCGUCUCGGGUGUCAUGCAGUCCAUCGUCAUGAACCCCGUGGAGGUCGUCAAGGUGCGCAUGCAGCUGGACAGCACGCUCAAGCCGCUGGGCGUCAUCCGCGAGCUCGGCCUGCAGGGCCUCUACCGGGGCUACUCGGCCUGCCUCGCGCGCGACGUCAUGUUCGCCUCCACGUACUUCACGCUCUACGACAUGGCCAAGACGCAGCUCGGCGUGCAGGACGGCACCUCGCUCGGCUGGUCCAUGGUCGCCGCCUCGACGGCCGGCAUCCCCGCCGCCUUCCUCUCGACACCGCUGGACCUGCUCAAGACGCGCAUGCAGUCGCGUGACGCCACGGUGCACGGCUUCAUGAACACGUACAGGCAGGUGACGGCCCAGGGCGGCGUCGGCGCGCUCUUCUCCGGCUGGGGCCCGCGUGUGAGCCGCAUCGCGCCGCAGUUCGGUAUCGUGCUGGUGUCGUAG